UAUCAAACCACGACACGCUUACCGAUUUCCGUGGAAAAGCAUAAAGAAACAAAGAUGGCUCCUCAUGCAAUCGUGUUCGAUCUUCUCACAGCCCUCCUAGACAGUUGGUCCUUAUGGGCCGAAGCGGCAAACAACGACCGCAGCGCAUCAUACCGAUGGCGCACAAGAUACCUGGAGUUGACCUUUGGAUGCGGCGCAUACCGUCCAUAUGAAGAUCUCGUCUACGAAUCAGCCAAGGAUGCCGGCCUCCCGGACAGUGCACCCAAAGCGCUGAUCGAGUCUUGGGAUCGGAUGCGCCCCUGGCCCGAGACCAGAGAAAUCCUAUUGCAGCUGAAGGAAGAGGGAUAUCGCUUGGGAGUGGUCUCCAACUGCUCUGCAGAACUCGGCCGGCGAGCCGUUGCGUUGUGUGGUGUGGAAUUCGAUGCGUUCGUGACGGCGGAAGAGGCCGGCUUCUACAAGCCUCAUCCGAAAGCAUACGGGUCGAUCCUAUCGGCCUUGGGGGUCGACUCCAAAGAUGCCCUGUUUGUCGCGGGCAGCAAUGGUGAUGUCGUCGGCGCAGCAGCGGCCGGUAUGGAUGUUGUGUGGCAUAACCAGAUUGGCCUCCCAAGACUCCCCGGCUCUAAGCCGCGCCUGGAAGGCCGCUCGUUACAGGUCGUUCUAGAUCACCUCCGCCAGGUGGAGUCGACGUCGAGUUCGAAUACAUCCAGCCGGUCAUCAUCGCGACUGUAGACUUGGGCUGAGAAGCCAGGCAUGCUGCACAACAAUACUCGCUUAUUGGAAGCUUGGGCAGGACUGCGGACGGAACAAUAUCAACGUCGUUUGAGGGAUGAAAUAUAAUGAAUUUAUGAAGGGCUUGUGACGGUAUAUCCUCCUCUCAUCGCUGCAGGGCCUUGGAAGUGUAUGUACAUAUUUGGUAUAUUAUAGUGUCUAAAUACUUUCCUUUCCGCUCAGACAUAUAUCCUCAAUAUUAGGUACACACCGUAGAGAUCAAUACGGGACUGAGAACCA